AUGCGUCACCAACUCUUCCUUGACCACAACCUUGCAGUCAAGAUAAUGGCAAAGCGAUCACUUUCUCCAGUUUCUUUGCCACCCGCAAAGCGCAUUCACACUUCUGAUACUUCCAGACACUUGAUGACCCACUUUCUCAACUUUGACAACCUCUCCGAUGAGCUGAUUCUUUGCAUUUUCUCCCACAUUUCCUUCGGCGAUCUCUGCAUCACCCAGCCUACUAACAGGAAUUGGGCGCGUCUAGCAGGGGACAACGAACUCUGGAGAAGCUUGUAUCUCCAGGUGUAUGGACGAACAAGGCUCCGAGGCGCCAAGGGCUUCAUUAGUCGCCUUGACGGGCGAGAAGUGAAACCACUACCAGGACGCGCCAAAAGCGCCGAGUAUAAAGACUGGAAGUGGAUGUUCCGAAUUAGUUCGAACUGGAAGAGAGGGCGUUGCUUAGUAGAGGAGCCUGAAGAAUCCCUAAUGGAUGUUCAAUCAGCACUCCAUUCAUCUACUCUUAACAGCCAUGUUAUUGGUGAUGGUGGCGAGCACAUUAUUCUUGCGGGACCUUUGACCAUUACCGCGUCUCCAAAACUAUUCGAGAAACCCCCCAUAUCUAUCAUCGACCAACACUACCGAAAACAUACUCUUAUUUGCGAGCCAGCAGAACCUGGCCCCGUGCAGAUCACGACAUUGGCCUUGGACCAAUCUCCUCCGUCGCAUGGUCACUUGUCCCUGGCAUGCUUUCUAUCCACGGGGGAAUUCGCCAUCUUUGAAUUCAAUGCCACCGCGACGUCACACUUUUCUCGGAAGUUCUAUUAUCGACCAACGCGGCGGUCUUCGCGGACUUCAAACAUAAUCCGAGCGGCGUACUACCACCCACUUGUCGUAACCCUUGCUAAUAGCUUUUCCCUUUCCAUUUACGACCUUUCAUCAGGGACAGUACGGCAUACGCAGACGCUUAGUGCAUUCACUUCUUACCCUCCGGCUUCUCUCGUGCUUUCGUCGCCCUCUGCAGUGCAAUUCAAGCUAGUUAUUGUGUACUCAUCCCCCGUUUAUCCAAGACAUUGGUCAGUUGGAGCGACGGAACUGUUGAUCUCAAGGAACCCUCCAUCCGCCACCCCUGCCCUUGCAAUGACACCUUCGUCUCAUUCGUUUACCGAAGAGUUCCGGUACCCUCUUCCAUCCACAAUGACAGUCACAGCAACCCGGAACAUACGCGCCUUUGACGUGCCUAACGGUUGGAUUGACACCGGUGCGCUACAGUCAAUGCGUGAGCAGUGGAGUCGCAAAGUUUUCAACGUCGCCGCAGCCCAGACGGACGGCAAAUGGGUUGUCCUUGCUCCAGGAGACAACCUCGAUGCCGCGUGUGGUCGUUCCUUCUGGACAUUUCCGCCAGGCGUUGCUUCUUCCGCCCUCCAUUCUCCUGUCGGAUUACAACUCUACCGAUUGGUUCUUCCUACUCAAUCCAACUCCAUCUCGGCCUCACCACCCAAGCUCAAUUUCGUGCGAACACUGGUGGGCCAGACAAGCCCCGUGUCAGCUCUGGCUGUUGCAGACGGGAGAUGCGUAAGCUUGGGAGGAAAUGGAGGAAUCUGGGUUUGGGAUCUUGAAGGCGGAACUGGAGCAGAGGUGGCUUCAGCUGACGAGACUUUCACGGAUCCUGGGCUCCAGUCAAUACGAGGCACCAUCUCAUUUGAUGAAAGACGGAUUGUCAGUGCGCAUGCAGGCAAAGUCGUCAUUCGUAGAUUCGAUAUCUAA